AAGCUGGGCAGGAAGGAGAAGACGUUAUUGGAGGGUCAGGAAUCAAUCAGCGCGGUCUGUCGUCUGAGGAAUCGUGAAAUAAGAACACAUGCGGAUGGUUUUCAUGCAUCGGGGAUCGGACGGUUGUGGUUUCUCCUGUUGUUCUGGCACAUGAUUUAAUUCGUUAUUACACGGGCGGUGAUCGCAUAGCGCACAACCCCUUGCAUUCCUCACCGCAAGCCGGGACUUUGGUCUCUCGCAGCAGGUCGGGCUAACUGGCCAGGCUAGCUUGCGUGCUAAUUCUGCAGCGAGCCCAGUGCUACGGCAGAACUGCUAGUCCGUGGGUAUCUUUCGGGUACCUGGUCGACCAGAGGAAGAGGAGAAACACCAGAGGAACUGAGAGGUGAUUUUAAGGGGCUGACAGAUGUGUGACGGCACAGACACCCAGCGGCUACGCUCCGUGGAGAUCUGAAUUUGGGGAGCGUGAGGGAGCGGACUGCCGAGGUCAGAGGAAGAUGCUGGCCUCAGAGCGAGGAGUGGUGGAGGAAUGGCUUUCAGAAUUCAAGACUCUACCAGACCACCAGAUCCCCAGCUACGCUGGCAGCCUCCACCUGAAGAAGUCCCUGGUGCCCGCCCUCUACCGCGUCAUCCAGGACCCCAGCAAUGAGCUACUCGAGCCGGUGUGCCACCAGCUGUUCGAGCUCUACCGCAGCGCGGAGGACCGCCUUCGGCGUUUCACUCUGCAGUUCCUGCCUGAGCUGGUGUGGGUGUACCUGCGCAUCACCGCCAGCAGGGACCGCCAGAGCAACGGCUGCAUCGAGGCCCUCCUGCUGGGCAUUUACAACCUGGAGAUUGUCGACAAAGAUGGAAAUGGCAAGAUGCUGUCUUUCACAAUCCCUUCCCUCUCCAAACCUUCCAUAUAUCAUGAGCCUUCCAGCCUGGGAUCCAUGGCGCUCACAGAGGGGGCACUCAGCCAGCACGACCUCAUCAGGGUGGUGUACAGCGGCCUGCACCCGCAGAGAGAGACCUUCACUGCCCAGAACAGGUUCGAGGUGCUAUGUUUCCUGAUGCUGUGCUACAACUCCGCUGUGGUCUACAUGCCUGCCUCCUCCUACCAGUCAGCCUGCAGGAUGAGCUCGCGGUUGUGUGUAUGUGGGUUUCCGCGGCAACAGCAGAAGCUGUGGAGGGAGCCCUGUAACCGCGUGGUGCUGGACCCCGAGUUCAUGGUGCAGAUGCUGACGGCUGUCUAUCAUGCCAUAUACAACGGUGAGUGGGAGCUGGGCAGAGAGGCGCUGGAUGACAUCCUGUACAGAGCCCAGCUGGAGCUGUACUCCCAGCCCCUCCUGGUGGCGAAUGCUAUGAAGAGCUCCCUGCCCACUAGCGCCCCCGACGGGCCCCGCGGGCGCAAGAUCCUGCAGGUGGAGGUGACGCCCACUGUGAGCCGAAUCUCCCGCUCCGCCAUCACCGCCGCCUCUAUCCGCCGGCACCGCUGGAAGAGAGAGGAUUGUUUUGACUACUCAAACGAAGCAGAGUUGAGCGUCAGCGUCACCCCCAGCCGCCACGCCCCGCGGGACCCGCCGCCCAGCACCGAGCGAAGAGGGAGGGGCCGGUGCGGCAUGACCCUGGCCGCGCCCGAGGAUGCUGACGGUAUGAGCGUAGGUGACGAGUCCUUCAACCUGAACGACCCGGACGAGGGCUUCUCCUCCGGAGCCUCCAACAGCAGCCAGCCCAGCGGAACCAAGCUGGGUGUGGUGGGCGGAGCCGGCCAUAAGGGCAGCGGCGUGAAGAAGGGCGUGGUGGGCCGGUUCUCGCGGGACCGGGAGAGGGAGAGGGAGAGAGAGAGGGAGCGGGAGAGGGAGAGGGAGGCGGCGAUGGCGGGGAAGCACAGGGACCUGUUGGCCGACCCCCAGGCGGCGCUCCGCAGACACCACCAGCGGCAGCAGUCCCCGCCCCCCACCAUCACGCUGGACGCCAUCGAGCUGAGCCCCAUGAAGAAGCGGCUCAGCUUCCCCGCCGGCCAGACGCUCGUCAGAACUUCCAGCACCUCCUCCAGCAAGUCCUUCGACUGCAUGAACGUGAGCCUGAACGGUGGCGGGGCCGGAGCGGGGGCGGGGUCACAGGAUGUCCCCGCCCCGGGCAGCCUCAGCGUGGGCGGCGCACAUCGCUUCUCCACCAUCAGCCUGCAGGAGGAGCGUCUCGCCCGGCCUGAUGACGCCCGGGACCUGCUCUCGCCCGGGACGCCCCUCACCAAGCAGUCCCGCUCGCCCAGCUUCAACAUGCAGAUCAUAUCGCAGGUGUAGCGGGGAGGGGGCCGGGGUGGCUCUCCUCAGACACGCCCCCCCAUGGUCUCCGCCUCCCCGGUCUCCGCCCUGCUCCUCCCCUCCUUCAGGUGUCGCCCUGCAGAAUGUGGAGCUGGAGGAGGCUCCACCCCCUCCAGUACCUUGGUCAUGUGGCUUGAGGGUAGUACAAACCACCUUCUCUCACAGACAAAGGAGGUCAGUACCAUCGAGACAAUCGUGCAUUACCAGGCCAGAGACAGAUGGGAAGAGCGGACUUCUAUACAGUAAAUUAGUGAGUACAGGACUGUAAAAAGGCGGUUGUGAUUGGCAUUUGUGUUCGACGGUGUGAGUUACUGCAGGACAAGAGUCUGCCACAAGACUCUCACUGGCCAGACCACAGGACGCUGGUCCCUCCCAGCAAACAGCAUUCCAUGUCCUCUUUUUUCAGGGGGGACAGAGAAACCCACAAGAAUCAUGAAACAAAAUCGCAACAAAUAAGGUGGGGUGUAAGAAAAACGAGUUAUGUUUAUCCGUUGUGAGAAAAAUUAUUGUUGUGGGUCUGAUGUAAUUAAUCUUGAGAUUCAAAUAGUCUAUGUUUUGUAUUGAAUCAGCAAUAAGACUACCAUCGUUUGUGGGGGAAAGAGUUGGAUCAUUGUAGUUUGUCAUGCAUUCUUGUUUAUCCUUGGGUGAUGUGCAAUCAAGAUUCUGAUUAUUGCUUUUAUUUUAAGUAAAUAUUUAUAUGGGUAUCCUCUAGCAAUCUGUCUACUUAAAGAAUGACAUCCCAAAGACACUGCUGUUGUCCUUGAAUUGUUACAAUGAUUUUAAUCGAAUCUCAGUCAAAGAGACACUGGUGUUUACUUCUUUUUCAUUGUAAACUUGGAUUUAUUUUUCGUAAUUUAUAGUUUUGGAACAUGAAUUUUACUUAUUUGAGAUUCUUUUUAUUAAAUUAAAGUUGUGACUGAAAUCCGAAAACAAAACCAAGAGAGAAAUUCCUGAACUGGAACUUUUGCCUGCUUGAAGAUUUAAAAUCUACCAGCUCUGCUGGACUGACGAUUUGAUCUCUGAAACAGUGGCCAAGCAUGCUGAAGAUUCCGAAUACUUUACUGUGUGCAGCUGUGAAGACUGAAGAUGGGAGGACUCCAUAACAGGAAAAAAGAUAAAAAUCACAGAGAGUGGAAACCAUGGUAAAGUCUCGAUACCCUACUAGUGAAGACCAUGAAAAUUGGAAGAGGGGGCAAGACUAAGAGUUUUGCCUGUCAAUACAAUCAUGUGAGAUGGUCAGGAGCCAAAAUAUGAUUUUUUUUUUUUUUUUUCCUUGAAAAUUGAAACAAUGAUGUAUAUUCCAAUGCAGGUGAUAAAGCCGUAAAAUGCUGGCCUAUAAUCAAAAGUCCUCUCUUGUGCAUAAUACUGUGGCUGUCGACAGAUUUAUGAUCCAGUUUCGUUGUCUGUUGCUGACUGAGUAUCUGUUAAUAAGCUUGGUGGCUGUUAACUCGUGGUGGCAGCUUUGGGCUUCAAGAAUCCCGGAAUGUGUGGAGCUACGGUAUGCAUCACUGACGCAUGUGAACCAAUCAGAAGACUUUCUGCAGAUAAGCUCCUCAAAUCAGAGCAUUGCUGGUAAAACGCAAUGGCUACAUCCACUCCGGAGCUCAUGAAGCCUGACUGUCUUGUCAUUGGCUGCCACUGAAACGGGGUCUGUCUGAAAGGCAAGUGGCCAGUGCUCUCUACACUGAAGUCCACCAACAUUCAUUCUACCUCAUUCUUUAUUCGCCCGACAGUCAAACACAGGAAUUUUAGUGCUUACUGCGGGGAGGUGUGCUUCAUCCUGUUAACCCCACAUAGUUUCUCAUGACUCCAUACGAGAGAGAAAAGGCUGGGCUUUCAGAUAGCCACACAAGAGUUCUGAUCUGCUAGGCAGCACUUCUGAAACGCUCAUGCUGUGUAGUUGUAGCUGAAGAAGUCAAUAGCUUGUUUCUGGGGGAGAAAAAAAAACUCAGCUUGUAUGACAGGAAGUGUGAAGUAGCACAAGCUUAGUCUGUGCUCAUCAGAUAAUUGGGCUGGUUAUGUUGGAACACUGUUCACUUCUGUGCUGUUCUGCUGUGGGAUGCUGUUUCUCGUGGCCCAGAGCCUUGUUAUGACUGAGAAUCCUUGAAAGAUUCUUUGUUUUGUUUUGUUUUUUCUUCCCAAUUCUUUUUUUUUUUUUUUUUACUGGCUGACCACGGCAUGCAGGAAAAACAAGAGAAGCUGGUCUCAUUGAUUUGAGACAGUCACGUCACUUUUCGCGGAGGUACAGUAGUAGGUCCGCCUCAGUCACCAAAACUGGCUUUGCACAGUCACUCCUACGCUUUGCUGUGUUUGAAAGUGCAAUUUCGCGUUUGCAUGGAGGAUAACGCACCUCUCUCUGUUGUUGCCUCUGUCAGUGUAGAUGCACUGCGUUUGUACAGAGAGCUAAUGAAGCUUGCUUUUUUUUUUAUAUAUAUUUGUGCUGUCAUCCUGUUGUUAUUUUGCUCUGUGCUGCCCCCUUUUGGAACUGCUCAGCACUGAACCCAGUAGGUAGACAAGUGUGAGGUGUGUCCUGUGAGUACUUCUGCCAAAUGUGCCCUUGUUCUCUGGAGUGAAGCUGAAGCUCUUCUGUGAGGGAUGAGUUGGCAUUUUCUUUUUCUGGUUCAUAUUUGCUUUGCUCAGUGCCACAUAGGCACACUGGGUCCAAAUAUAGCUAUAGCAUCCAUUCAGCGUAAUUAGCUGUGUAAACACCUCUUACGCAAUGCUACGGGCGUUGUUAAUGAACAGUUUCAGGCGACUGUAAGCGAUAUGGUAUCAAGCGGAUUUACACUAUGAAAAAUAUGAAAUGGGAAAUGGGGUUAUUUGGCCAUGUGGUUGUAGGGAAAGUAUGAGUCCUUUUUAUUCGUCUGUGUUAGACGGAAUGAACCAGGUAGGCCUCACCUGCUGACUCCGAAGCUCUGUGACUCACGGCUCCCACUCAUACUCAUUGGGCAUUCCUCCAUCAGCAGGGGAGCUCUGUGGUCGGCAUUAACAGCGCCUGCAUCUGUCCAACACCACUCCCUUCAGAGUGUCUGACUUCACACGCAUUCUGGUUAUGCUUCCGGCUUCGUUGUGCAUGUGCACGCAAGAGCAUGUGUGUACAUGUGUUUUCAAAAUUAAAUACCGUGUUGAGUCAGAAUGGAAAGGGAGUGCAAAUGUCAGUAACGCAUCGACAGAUGUUGGCACUGUGGAGUAUCCACAGGAAAGCUGUAAACACUGAACCGGGGUAGAAAGCAUUACAUUUUCAGUUGACACAGGUCGCGGAGUCCUAUAAUGAAGACCAGUAUAGUCUGGGGUCCUGUAUACCUGGACGGUGUGGAACAGGUGCUGUUGUG